UGCAAAGCAGCUGUUUCCUAAUACUCUGUCUCUUUUGGGCGCCUCUGCAAAUGUGAACAUGGAUUCUGCCACUGAAAUCCUCCUGAAGCUGCUGGCUGUCAUAGCUGUUCAUAGCUGGAGCACACGAGUGGCAGGGAAUAAAUAUAAUUGUGAUGAUCAACUGGUGUCUGCCUUGCCUCAGUCAUCGUUCAGCAGUUCAUCAGAGUUGUCUAGCAGUCACAGCCCCGGAUUUGCAAGGCUGAAUCGAAGAGAAGGUGCCGGUGGUUGGUCUCCACUUGUGUCCAAUAAAUACCAAUGGCUUCAGAUUGACCUUGGUGAACGAACGGAGAUUACUGCUGUCGCUACUCAAGGUGGAUAUGGGAGCUCCAACUGGGUAACCAGCUACCUGCUGAUGUUCAGCGAUAGUGGAAGAAACUGGAAGCAGUAUCGUCAGAAAGAAAGCAUUUGGGCCUUUUCUGGAAAUGCAAAUGCAGACAGUGUUGUAUACUAUAAGCUCCAGCAUUCUAUUGAAGCAAGAUUUCUCCGUUUUGUGCCUUUGGACUGGAAUCCCAAUGGCAGAAUUGGAAUGCGCAUUGAAGUCUAUGGAUGCACAUAUAGAUCUGAGGUGGUUGGUUUUGAUGGGAAAAGUUGUCUAAUUUACAGAUUUAAUCAAAAACUCAUGAGUGCAUUGAAAGAUGUGAUUUCUUUGAAGUUUAAGACAAUGCAAAGUGACGGAAUUCUACUCCACAGAGAAGGACAAAAUGGAGACCAUAUAACACUGGAAUUAAUUAAAGGAAAGCUGUCCUUACUCAUUAAUUUAGGUGAUGCUAAAACUCACUCUUCUAAUGCCCAAAUUAAUAUUACCCUGGGCAGCCUUUUGGAUGAUCAACAUUGGCAUUCUGUCCUCAUUGAGCAUUUUAACAAUCAAGUAAACUUUACAGUGGAUAAACACACACAUCAUUUUCAUGCAAAGGGAGAAUUCAAUUAUGUGGACCUUGAUUAUGAGCUCAGCUUUGGAGGGAUCCUGGUGCCUGGAAAAUCAGGGAUGUUGUCACGCAAGAACUUCCAUGGGUGUUUUGAAAAUAUUUAUUGUAAUGGAGUGAAUAUUAUUGAUCUGGCCAAGAGUCAAAAAUCUCAGAUCUCCUUUGUGGGCAACAUGUCCUUCUCAUGUUUAGAGCCACCAUUGGUUCCUGUUACAUUCCUGAGCUCCAGCAGUUACCUGGCAUUGCCUGGCACUUCCGGGCAAGAAGAAGUUUCCAUCAGUUUCCAGUUUCGCACUUGGAACAAAGAGGGACUUCUAUUGUCUACCAAACUGCACCAGACUUCAGGUGGACUUCUGCUGUAUCUCAGUGAUGGGAGAGUUAAAAUGAGUCUUUAUAAACCAGGAAAAGCACUGAGUGACAUCACUGCAGGUACUGGAUUAAAUAAUGGCCAGUGGCAUUCUGUUUCUUUCUCUGCAAAAAGGAAUCGUAUCAGUGUAAUAGUGGACAAUGAUGUGACUUUGUCUGCUCAUGCCUCCAUACCUCUGCAAAUUUAUUCAGGAGAUACUUUCUACUUUGGAGGCUGUCCUAAUGGUGGAAAUAAUACUGAAUGUAACAGCUCAUUUAGUGGUUUUCAAGGAUGUAUGCGACUCUUUUCUAUUGAUAAUAAACCUGUGGAUAUGAUCGCAGUUCAGCAAAAUUUUCUUGGCAAUUUCAGUGAUCUGCAGAUUGACUUAUGUGGGAUCAUAGACAGGUGUUUGCCUAAUUACUGUGAACAUGGUGGUGAGUGCUCACAAUCCUGGAACAGUUUCUAUUGCAGUUGUAUCAAUACUGGUUACAAAGGAGCUACUUGCCAUUAUUCCAUCUAUGAGCAGUCAUGUGAAGCCUAUAAGCACAGAGGGAAUACUUCAGGCUUUUACAAUAUUGAUUCAGAUGGAAGUGGCCCCUUGGGACCAUUUCUUGUAUACUGUAAUAUGACAGAUACAACGUGGACAAUUAUACAGCACAACAACACCAACUUAACCAGAGUCAAAAGUGCUAAUCGAGAGAACCCACACACUGUUUUUUUCAAGUACUCUGCCAGUCUGGACCAGCUGCAGGCUACAAUUAACCAUGCAGAACACUGUGAACAGGAGCUUGCUUACCACUGCAAAAAGUCAAGGCUUUUAGACAAACAGGAUGGGAGGCCAUUGAGCUGGUGGAUUGGAAGAACCAAUGAAACACAGACAUACUGGGGAGGUUCCUUGCCCACCGUUCAAAAAUGUGCUUGUGGAUUAGAGGGGAGAUGCAUUGAUUCCCAACAUUACUGCAACUGUGAUGCUGACCGAAAUGAAUGGACUAACGAUACUGGAUUCCUCUCCUACAAGGACCAUCUCCCAGUAACAGAAAUGGUGAUCACAGACACUGACAGACCAAACUCUGAAGCGGCUUACAAGCUUGGGCCGUUGCUUUGCCGCGGUGAUCGAGCAUUUUGGAAUUCAGCUUCCUUCAACACUGAGACAUCCUAUCUUCAUUUCCCUACUUUCCAUGGAGAGCUCAGUGCAGAUAUGUCAUUUUUCUUUAAGACUACUGCUUCCUCAGGAGUGUUUUUAGAAAACCUGGGGAUUCGAGACUUCAUAAGGAUAGAGUUAUACUCUCCUUCUGAAGUGAUUUUUUCAUUUGACGUUGGAAACGGACCUAGUGAAAUUAUAAUGCAAACACUCACUUCCUUAAAUGACAACCAGUGGCAUUAUGUGAAGGCUGAGCGAAACAUCAAGGAGGCAUCCUUACAAGUGGAUCAUCUUCCUCAAAAGUCUCAAGCUGCUCCACCUGAUGGACAUAUCCGUUUGCAGCUCAACAGCCAGCUUUUUGUAGGUGGGACAGCAUCUAGGCAGAGAGGAUUUUUGGGAUGCAUUCGUUCUUUACACUUAAAUGGGGUAGCUCUUGACCUGGAAGAACGAGCGAAGAUAACACCAGGAGUGGAGCCAGGCUGUCCCGGGCACUGCAGCAGCUAUGGUAACCUAUGCCACAAUGGAGGAAAAUGCAGAGAGAAAUACAGUGGAUUCUCUUGUGACUGCACUUUCUCUGCUUACGCUGGGCCAUUCUGUAAGAAAGAGAUCUCUGCCUAUUUCGGGACUGGCACUUCUGUGACAUACAAUUUUCAAGAAUACUACACCUUAAAUAAAAAUUCCAGUUCUCAUGCUUCUUCUUUCUAUGCUGACAUGACACUGAGCAGGGAGACAAUUACAUUUACCUUCCGAACAACACGAAUGCCAAGCCUACUACUUUAUGUCAGCUCUUUCUACAAGGAAUAUCUCUCGGUCAUUCUCACCAAAAACGGAAGCUUACAAAUCAGAUAUAAGCUAGACAGCCAUCAAGAUCCUGAUGUCUUCAACAUCAGUUUCAAAAGCCUGGCUGAUGGACAGCUGCAGCAUGUGAAGAUUAACAGAGAGGAAGAAAUGCUCUUUGUAGAGGUUAACCGGAAUGAAAGAAUGAAAUUUAUUCUGUCUUCAGGGACAGAAUUCAAUGCAAUCAAGUCCCUCACACUUGGCAAGAUUCUAGCUGAAAGCAGUGAUGUAGAUGAGGAGACUAUGAAGGCAAACUCUCAGGGGUUUAUUGGAUGUCUCUCUUCAGUGCAGUUCAACCACAUUGCUCCUUUGAAGGCUGCGCUACAUCACAGCAGCUCAGCCCCCAUCAUCGUAAAGGGACACUUCACUGAAUCCAACUGUGGCACAUUAACUGGAGCUGACUCAACAUCCAGUGAAACAACCCACUCAUUUGCAGAUCAUUCUGGACCAGUAGAUGAGGGAGAGCCCUUAGCUAAUGCAAUCAGAAGUGACUCUGCAAUUAUUGGAGGUGUGAUAGCAGUCGUGAUAUUCAUCCUACUUUGCAUCACUGCCAUAGCCAUUCGCAUUUAUAAAAAAAAAAGCACCUAUUCAAAAAAUGAGCCAAAAGGAUCUGAAAACGAAGAUGGCGCUGAGUCUACACUGAAAAAUGAGCUCAAUGUGCAAAACCCAGCCAAUGAAAAUCAAAAGGAGUAUUUUUUCUGAUUGGCAUUUGAGAUUUAAUUUAACAUAAUAAUAUGACAGUCUGUCUUUCUUGCCAAGCCAGGGGCUCUUAAUGGACAGAAAAAGCUCUUGCACUCUUCAGCGAAUGCAAUGGAUUUGAGACCUAUUAUACUGCAUAUGUUCAGUCUCAAUGAUUGCUAUAGGAGGCCUCUUUAAAUUACAUGCAUUCCUUAGCUAUUAUACUGUAAAUGCAUUUUAUGUAACAGUGAAUUAGAUAUUGUAACCAAUUUCAUUGUUGGUAGUUUCCGACUGUUCUGAUGUAACCUUCUAACAACUAAAGUUUAACGUACAUACUGAAUAUGAUUUUUGAGUGGGAAAAUUGUUAUGAAGCUAUUCCCAUCCUUCUCUUUAAAAUUUGAUUCUAGAAUUUUGUUCAAGGUUAAAGACGGAUUUCUAACAGUUUAUGUUACUAAAGAAAUUCUGCUCUGUUGCUUUAUGGUGAUCCCUUUUACUUUUUGAACCUGAAAAUGCCUUUUGAACUGCUGUUGGCUGGUGUCAGCAUCUGCUUGUGAGCCAUGAAGUCAGGUGUCCAAAACAAACUGUACUUUUUUUCUUGG